CUUCGAAUAUUGUGUAUACAACGAAAGGUUUUCGUUUUGUCGUGAACCUGAGCAUUAGUGGUCUCGUUUCCAGUUAAUGUAGUUACGCGUGAUACCUGGUCGCGACUGUUUCAAUUAAACAUUCAGUGUUUAAAUGUUACACUAAAUUGGAAGUGCUGAUACGGUAAUUUGUUUUUUAUUUUAUAGGUUCCCAAUACGAAAGCACGCUGACUUCGACAAACUCAACCACAGCUAUGUCAGUAACAAAUGGCCCGAAAAUGAUGCAAGGGGAAAUGAACCUUGUUAUUUGAGAAAGAGAGUCCAAUCCGGAGGGCAGGACGGAAAACGACACUAUGCUAAAGGAGAGAGAGAGUUCAGAAGGGUCGCCUGCUACCCCAGACGAGUGUGCGGGAUGCGGAGGCAGGAUACAAGACAGAUAUUACCUGUUAGCGGUGGACCGUCAAUGGCACGGCUCCUGCCUCCGCUGUUGCGAAUGCCGUCUGCCUUUGGAUAGUGAGCUGACCUGCUUUUCGAGAGACGGAAAUAUAUAUUGUAAGGAAGACUAUUAUAGACUUUUUUGCGUGAAGCGGUGUGCGCGGUGUGGUAACGGUAUCACCGCCAACGAACUCGUGAUGAGGGCGCGAGACAUGGUGUUCCACCUUACCUGCUUCACGUGCAUCGCCUGUGGUACGUUGCUUUCAAAGGGUGAUGUCUUCGGUAUGAGAAACGGCCUGAUAUACUGCAGGCCGCAUUACGAUAGCGCCUGUAUGGACGAAUACUGUGAAGAGGACAUGACAAAUGUUUACAGGUGUCAAGAUUUGCACAUUGAGGGCGAUUCACCAAAUCAAUAUUAUACCGGUGGGCCGAGUCAAAAGGGUCGACCAAGAAAGAGAAAACUACCUCAGGGUUCACCAGAGGACAUGCAAAUCCAGACGAUGAGGAUGGCUAGCACGGCUCUAGAGAUACUUCAUCGCGGUGAUCUUUCCUCGUCAAUGGAAUCACUCGCUUACGAUUCCUCAGUGGCGUCGCCAGGCAGCGUUUCGAGCCACACUCAACGCACUAAACGCAUGCGUACCAGCUUCAAACACCAUCAGCUACGGACAAUGAAGUCUUAUUUUGCAAUAAAUCAAAACCCGGAUGCCAAGGAUCUCAAGCAACUCGCCCAUAAAACUGGCCUAUCUAAGAGGGUGUUACAAGUUUGGUUUCAAAACGCUCGUGCGAAAUGGCGCCGUAAUAUGAUGAGGCAAGAAUCAAAUCAACAUGGACCGAUGACGCCGAAUGGUAAUUCUGCACAUACCUCGAACGGGAGCCUGGUCGGUGGUGCCGGGCCUCCGCCGAAUGUUCCACCAGGUGCCCUGAUAAUGUCUGAAGCAUUACAACCGAUGGAGGAUAUCAGGGUUCACACUCCACAUCCUAUGAGCUUCAGCGACAUGUAUUGACGGUCAAGUUAAAAAGCAGCUUGUGGUCCAGGUGUGUUUCUUUCGUUCAGCAUCGUUAUCUUAAAAUGAGGCUUGUAUUGGUUUUAAUAAUAUGUUUGUACGAUUUAAAAAUAUAUAAAAUUGAGGUACUUAUCCGCGAUGUAGCUAUAGAAAGUAUUUUUUCUACUAUAAUAUAAUUCUUUGUACUUCGACUGCCUAACAUUACGAAACUAAAAUGUUAUUUAUUUUAUCUGGUUUUAAUAAUUUUUUU